GGACCAAUCCAGCCCGCUUCUCCCCCCCCCCCUUCCCCUCACAUUUCCCUCAGGCUUUCCCGCAUCAUUGGCUAGAGAAGUAUAAUGCAGAGACGUAGCUCUGUCAGCUCAUCCAACUCUACGGCAAAACGCACGACAUUCAGUGAGGAACCCGCGCGCACGGAGCCUGUGGCCGACUCGGAGGACAGCAGGAAGAACGCAAGCCUCCUGAAGAGGGCGGAUAUUGCGGAGUGGUUCAGGGAUGUUACGAAGGCGGAGUGGGACAUCUUCCUUAUUUCUACCUGUCUGAAGCUGCUUCUAUUCCCUGCGUAUCAUUCGACGGACUUCGAGGUGCACCGUAAUUGGCUAGCCAUAACUCAUUCCUUGCCCAUGUCUCGCUGGUAUUACGAUACUACAUCAGAAUGGACCUUGGACUAUCCGCCGUUCUUUGCCUACUUCGAAAAGCUACUCUCCAUACCUGCGUCUUUCCUGGACCCCAAGAUCGUUGAACUCACAAAUCUCAACUACGAUGCUUGGUCUGUGGUCGCUUACCAACGCGUCACUGUCAUCAUCACCGAGCUUGUAUUGGCUCUAGCUCUCCAAAGAUUCAUCAGAGGCGCGGUGGACCCGUCUGUUCAACGCAUCAUCUCUGCGUCACUUUUCCUCCACCCGGGGUUUCUGAUUGUGGAUCAUAUUCACUUUCAGUACAAUGGUUUCAUGUUUGGCAUCCUCUUGUGGUCUAUCCUCAUGGCCCGGAAUGGGAACAAACUCGCCAGUGGCUUUCUUUUUGCCGUGCUACUAAAUUUCAAGCAUAUCUAUAUGUACCUUGCGCCGGCCUACUUCAUCUACCUGCUGCGCGCCUUCUGUCUCUCCCCGUCGGGCGAGCUCCUCCCCGGACGUUUCCUCUCGCUUGCGAACGCCGUCAUACUUGUAUUUCUAGCGUCAUUGGGGCCUUUCCUCCUGAUGGGCCAGCUCCCGCAGUUACUCAGCCGCCUAUUUCCAUUCACGCGUGGACUGAACCACGCAUACUGGGCACCGAAUUUCUGGGCUCUUGCCACUGCUGCUGAUCGUGUGCUUUUGAAAGCCGCACAGAUAUUCAAUAUCCAGAGUUUGCAGAUCAAUACCCCGGGAGUCUCUUCGACAUCACGAGGAUUGGUCGGCGACACGAUCUUCGCAGUGAUCCCUAACGUCAAACCGGUCUAUACGUUCAUCAUUACAAUUGCAUUCCAAAUGAUAUUCCUGAUCAAACUCUGGCGCGCCCCUACGUACAAAUCAUUCGUCGCGGCCUUGACGCUUUGUGGCUACACUUCGUUUAUGUUUGGCUGGCAUGUGCACGAAAAAGCUAUUCUGCUCGUGCUUGUCCCGCUUAGUCUGCUGGCUGCCGAGAACAAUGCGCUCUUCAGAACGUUCACGAUAGCGUCUGUGAGCGGAGUUUUUUCACUGUUCCCCUUACUGUUCACACCGGGAGAGACUUUCGUGAAGAUCGCAUACUCUCUAUGUUGGGCAAUUUUGAUCGUUGAACCCCUGAGCAAGCGAGUGUACGAAUUCCCAACUUCACUUCCAUGGGUCAUCCUCGACGGCCUCGAGCGGCUUUACAUCGCCGGCUUUGCUGCACUGCAACUCUUCGUCACGCUUUUCCCCAUCUUCGCCCAUUCUCGUAUUUCCCCAUCUGCGUCCACGAUGGAGUUUUUGCCACUGAUGCUGACCAGCGUGUAUUGUGCGGUGGGGUUGGUGUGGGCUUUCGUAAGACUCUCUGUAAUUUACUUGAGGAAGUUUUAGGACGGACCAUGUUUGGAUCGGGCCCGGAAUAGGCGAACAGUAGACACGCCGCGACUAUAUAUAGGCUAGAUUUUGGUUUCUCGUCCUGCCGAUAGUAAGCGUAUUGAGUGGGCUCUCUCGUCUAAGUGAACUAGUACUUUAAGCUUCACAUCUCAGA